UUUUUAUUCUUUUUUACCAGGCAUGUUAUCAAUUUGUUUUUUUUAUUUGUAAAAUGGAAAAAAAAAUUAAUUAUAAAAAUUUAGUGUUCAAAAACGAUAGAUGUGUAGUGAUUUUAAUAUUGUAAAUUAGGCCAUAUUCCUACAUCAUGCCAUCACCAUGACAUCUACCUGACAUGACAUUCCAUGACAUUCACAGCAUCACCUAGCACAGGACAUUCCCUGCACCAUUGAACACACGUUCACACAUCUAUGUCAUGCUGAUUUCUUCCCAAGUCUAGAUCUUUCCUUCUCCAUUGCACAACACAUCAUUACUCAGCACAUUUAUUUUGUAUAUAAGUAUGUUAAUUUGUAUGUGAUUCAGUCAGUCAGUCAAGUUCAGUCAAGUUCAGAUCAGAGUGAUACAGCAAUACACUGUCUCUCUCACUGGCUCCGUGUUCUCUGCACGUUAAAUAAGAUUCGUCGAAGCGAACACCAACGAUGGAAAGUCACAGGAUAUGAUAGGAACCAUUGCAAUUCUUGUCACAUAAAAGCGUUCCUUUAGAUGAAUGGAAUCCUUCUUUAUAAUGGAAGUGAGAGUCUCAAUGGGUCAGCUAUUGGCAAUGACGUUGCAAUCUUUAAAGACAAACAUGCAAAAAAUGAAGUAGAUGCACUAAAUGUGUAUUGCAGCUAUAAAGACAGUGGAUGUUCAUGGGUUGGACUAAUUAGAGAAUUUGAGGCACAUGUUAAUAGCUGUGAAGUAUAUCCUGAGUUAUGUCAGCAGUGUGGCUGUGAUGUCCAGAGGAGACAACUAGAGAGGCAUUUGGAAGAAGAAUGCACAGAGCGGAUUGCUACUUGCAGGUUUUGUGAAGGGAAAUUUCAGCAUGGCUUGCUGGCAAGUCAUUUGAAGACAUGCAUUAAAAAGCCAAUAGCAUGCAAUCAAUGCCAAAUUUCUAUGCCACCAGAUCAGAUCAAGGACCAUGAAGAUCUUUGGUGCGAAAAGACAAAGACCGUGUGCCCGUUUCAAGAGGAGGGCUGCAAAAUCGAUCAAAUCUUCGACAAGAAAGAGCUUUCAGUGCAUAUAACGGACACACUAUCGUUUCACAUUCUUAUUCUACUGGCGAGGUUAAAAGCCCUUGGACGAUUUAUAAAAGAGAUUUCGACAAAUUUGGUUAAUUUGAAAAACGAUUUAUAUCCUCGUUUGGAAAGACUGAGCCGCUUAUUCCAAGACAUAGAACUUAAAGUUUUAAGCUGGACUAACUUUUUGAAAGCACAGCUCUCAAAGCACUGGGAGGAAAUUCAGCAUGUAAAACGGACCGUAGCAGAUAAUAGAGAGGAGCUUCAAACCAUUGUUUUGCAAAAGGACGAUGAAAAGAAAUUGCUAGAUGAUAUUAGCUGUAAAAUAUUUAUCCACGAAUCUCAGUUAUCGGAGCAGAUUGGAGCUUGGACCGACUUUCAAAAACAAGUCAAGACGCUCACUGAUAGAAUAGAGGCAUUGCGAGCUUCGCAAUAUGAGCUAAAGCUAGGCCAUCAACGAAUACUUGGCAUUGGUGGGUCACCUAAUCUUCCAGCCCCUGUUUAUCCUUCGCCUGGGUCACCAGAUUACCACAUCAGCUAUAACGGUGAACUAAUUUGGAAGAUUUCAGACAUAACGACCAAGAGACAGGACGCCAUUUUGAAGAGGACAACUUCUAUUAUCAGUCCUCCAUUUUUUUCUAAAAUGCACGAAUACCAAUUAUGUGGUCGUCUUUAUCCUAACGGAGAGGGGCCAGCUAAAGGAAAGUUCAUCAGCUUAUUUUUUGCAAUAAUGAAGGGCCCGUACGAUGCUCUUUUGCCGUGGCCUUUCAAUAAAAGAAUAACCUUGUCAAUACUGGAUCAAGAGGGAGUUGAGCAUCACGAAGAGACCUUUCGGGCUGACCAAACAAGCAGCUCGUUUCAGAGACCACAGAAGGACAUCAAUAUAGCCAGUGGGUCGCCAUUCUUCAUUAGCCUCGAAGCACUGGAAACGCAUUCAUAUGUUGUUCAAGAUGUGAUGUACAUCAAGAUAAAGAUUCAUGAAGAUUAAGGAAAUUGUAGCUGCUCAUUUAAGAAGUUGUUGCUGCACGUUGCUGGACCAAUUGGGUGCAAUGCUAAAAUUUAUUAGAACUUUGACGUAAGAAGCAAACUGUGAAUGAUGACUGAGCAGCGAAUUGAGUUAGAUUGACCGAUGCUACAGUGAGAUCGUCAAGAAGGGACAUUGAAUAACAUCAUAAACGAAAGAUGAUGGGAUUGCAGCGUAAGCUCAAUUGUGCCGGAUUACGUCAUCGUAAAUAGAAGAAGCCAUUUUCAUUUAACUAUAAUGGGACUUUAAGGAAUUAAUUUUUGUUAGAUAGCAGCUCUAGAAAGUAUACAAAUAACUGCUUAACGGAUUUUUUUUACGAAGUAUGUAAGAUGAAUUCUUCCGAAAUCACAAGCUAGUUUUUGCCAUCGAUUUUAGCAUUCGUUUAUUUUUAAAGAAUGGCAGAAUAUUUUAUUAUUUUGUAAUGGCUUUAAAUAUUCAUUCGCCCAUGUAUUAAUAUAUUAAUAUUAAUGUAAAGAAAAUUAUAUUUAUUUCGACACCGUUUUAUAUCUUAUAAAGAAAGAAUAUGCAAAUAGCAAACGGAAA